UGGAGGGGUUGUUGAGGCUGAAGUACAGCACUGAGGAACCCUGAAUGUUGCAGUGGUGACCCAGAUGAGCGUGGUGUCACACAUCACCCACCUGAGAGCACAGGUCUGGUGUCACACAUGCUGCCCACCUGGGUGCACAUGCUGAACGGGCAGGAGGUUGAGUGCUGCCAUCUCUCUGGAGUUGGCAUGCGCUUGUCCACACUUGAAGACAGAAGUAUUUAUAAGCUGGAUUUCUUGAAAGGAAGUCCUUCACUGCACUCCUGGCUUUAGGGGUUAAUUUAAAACCCCAUCAAGCUGCAUUAGAGCACCUUUAGAUUUUUCCUACUCGCUCCAGUGCUGUAGAAAUAAAAUAAACUCCCAUCCUUGGACCUUCUGCAGCAUUUUGCGACGGGAAGGGAGCCUGAGGGUUCGGGUGGAGCGGGAUCCGGUUCCCCAUCCACCCCUUCGCUCGUCCCCGUUCCCAGCGCACGGAGGCGCUGCCGGGACCGCUCCGCAGCGUGGGGGCGUGGUCAGCGUGGAGGGGCGUGGUCACAGCGGAAGCCCCGCCCCCCACCGACCUUCGCCCGCAUCGGUCGCACAGGGCCGGAGCCGCAGCAGGCUGUGGCCAUGUCCUCACUGCGCUAGGCCUGUCCCCCCCCACCUCGAGGAUGCGUGCCUGGAAGGCGGUGGCCAGCACGCUGGUGCUGAGCGGGGCCGAUGUGGUGGUCACCACGCUGCUCUAUGCCCACGGCCGGCGUGGUCGGGACAUCCUUCAGGACCUGCGGCACUUCAACAUCUUCAACUCGCUGCUGGACAUCUGGGGGGGCUGUCUCUACCGUAGCUGUGUGCUGCUGGGGGCCGCCAUCGGGGUGGCCACCAACACGGCCUAUGGCCCCCGGCGCCUCAGGGCUUCGCGGACCUUCAUUGCUGUCGUCUGCCUCCUCAUGGGCAUCUACAUGAUGGUGAAGCUGCUGCUCUACUCUGAGGUGCGGAGGACCAUCAGGGACCCCUGGUUCUGGGGGCUCUUUGCUUGGACCUAUGUGGCGUUAGUGGCCACCUUUGGGCUGUGGCAGCUGCUGGCCUGUGUCACAUCUUCCCGUGAGGCGCUGGGUCAUGGCUCUGAGUCCCGCACCGAGGCGGAGGAGAGUUGCGACGCCCCACGGGACAAGCGAGAGGAGGCAGCGGGACCCACCAUCCAUAAGCUGCUGUCCUACACCAAGCCAGAUGCUGUCUUCCUGGGUAUUGCUUCCUUCUUCCUCCUCGUGGCCGCACUGGGAGAGACCUUCCUGCCCUACUACACAGGGUUGGCCAUUGACGGCAUUGUGGUGCAGAAGAGCAUGGACCGCUUCUCCACGGCGGUGCUGGUCAUGUCGCUGCUCGCCAUAGGAAGCUCAUUUGCCGCAGGUGUCCGGGGCGGCGUUUUUACGCUCAUAUUUGCAAGACUGAACAUCCGCCUUCGCAACUGCCUCUUCAGGUCGCUGGUGUCUCAAGAGAUGAGUUUCUUUGAUGAGAAUCGCACAGGGGAUGUCAUCUCCCGCCUGACGUCGGACACAACCAUCGUGAGUGACCUGGUCUCCCAGAACAUCAACAUCUUCCUGCGCAACAUGGUGAAGGCCACAGGGGUGAUCUUCUUCAUGUUCAGCCUCUCAUGGAAGCUCUCACUUGUCACCUUCAUGGGCUUCCCCAUCAUCAUGCUGGUGUCUGACAUCUACGGGAAGUACUACAAGAAGCUCUCCAAGGAUGUGCAGAAUGCCCUGGCCAAGGCCAACAACACUGCCGAGGAGACCAUCUCUGCCAUGAAGACUGUCCGCAGCUUUGCCAAUGAGGAGGCAGAGGCAAAUGUGUACUGGCAGAAGCUGCAGCAAGUGUACAGACUCAACAAGCGGGAGGCCCUGGCGUACACCUACUAUGUGUGGUCCAGCGGGGCUGCUGCAUUGCGUGCCUUUGCCAGCUCAUCUCCGGCGGUUCCGGCUGGGAAAACAGCCACAGUGUUGGUUGAGAUUCUGCUCAGAAGCAGAGAUUUUCUACAUGUGGGCGGUGGUGAAGGGAGGCUGCAGCUCACCCUCCUGGUGGUCCAGGUCAGCAUCCUGUACUACGGAGGGCACCUUGUGAUCUCUGGGCAAAUGACGAGUGGAAACCUGAUAUCCUUCAUCAUUUAUGAGUUUGUCUUAGGAGACUGCAUGGAGUCUGUGGGCUCUGUCUACAGCGGCCUGAUGCAGGGGGUGGGUGCUGCUGAGAAGGUGUUUGAGUUCAUUGACCGCAAGCCAACAAUGGUCAACGAUGGGUCACUGGCCCCAGACCAUGUGGAUGGAAAGGUGGAGUUCAGAAAUGUGACAUUCUCUUACCGCACUCGUUCCGCAACGCAGGUCCUCCAGAACGUGUCCUUCACCCUGCACCCUGGCAAAGUGACAGCACUGGUGGGCCCCUCAGGGAGUGGGAAGAGUUCCUGCGUCAACAUCCUGGAGAACUUCUACCCUCUGCAAGAUGGGCAGGUGCUGCUGGAUGGGCGUCCCAUUAACAUGUACGAUCACAAGUACCUGCACUCAGUGAUCUCCCUGGUCAGUCAAGAACCAGUGCUGUUUGCUCGCUCUAUUGCUGAUAAUAUUUCUUAUGGCUUAGCUUCAGCCUCCUUUGAGUCGGUUGUUCAGGCUGCCCAGAAAGCUAACGCACACGCCUUCAUCACGGAGCUGCAGGAUGGCUACCACACAGAGGCAGGUGAAAAAGGAGCUCAGCUAUCAGGUGGCCAGAAGCAGAGAGUGGCUAUUGCCAGGGCCUUGAUCCGAACCCCUCCCAUCCUAAUCCUGGAUGAAGCCACAAGUGCACUGGAUGCAGAGAGUGAACAUGCGAUUCAGCAGGCGAUUUAUGGUGACUUGCAGAACCACACAGUGCUUGUCAUAGCACACAGGCUGAGCACUGUCGAGAAGGCACACAACAUCAUUGUGCUGGACAAGGGCCGCGUGGUGCAGCAGGGCUCACACAAGGAGCUCAUGGAAGAAGGAGGUCUUUAUUCCAAGCUGGUGCAGAGACAGAUCCUGGGGCUUGAGGCGGGUAGCGCAGACAGCUGCCAACCCACAGCCCGGGGGGAUUCAGCAAAGGCGCCCGGCGGGCUGGAGGGAGAGUUCAGGAUAGACCAUUCCCUCCCAGCUGCAGCACAGGACGACUGCAACAACACAACUCCUAAGUGAGAGCAGCGAGGGCUGGGGCUGGAGACGCAUGCUGGGACGCAGCGCAGGAGGUGGCUUCCCGACGGGCGGCGCGCCGCACAACGUGCCCGUCUGCUCAUCCUGCGUGCGCCGCGCACCUUUGCACACACACAACCACACACUAUAGAGCUUCCUGCAUUACUGCCCAGUGGGCAGAUGCCUGCUGGUUAAACAGGGAAACAGAUUUGGGAGUUGGGUCUUUAGCAAUUCCCAGCAUUUCUACCGAGUUUCUUUUCUUACUACCAGUAAUUCCCCACAACUGGGACUUUUCUUCCAUUGAUAUGCAUGUGUAACUGAUAUUAACUGUAAUGGAUGUAAAAUGCAUGCACGGAGGGGAAAUUCCCCUCCAGGAAUUCAGGGGGUGGCUCUUGUAGCCAGAUAGAAAAGCAGCGACUGGAGAAGGUCCUGCUCCUGCUGUUGAUCUGUGGAGCCAGUCUGAAGUCUGUAGGGAUCUCCCUUUGGCUUUAGUGAAAACUGGAUCACUCGUGGGGCUGAAUGCCAGGAGAGUUUUGCACUGAGUGCCUGCAGGCUCAGGUUCACAACCACAGCUGCUGGACUCUGUUUCAUGUAGUUCCAUAUUCGUGGAAUAAGCCAGGGGACCAGGAGGCAGGUGUUGCAUUUAGAUUUGCUUGUGGUGCUUGGUGGGUAUUUGGUUUUAUUUUUAAGGAUGAAGGGUUUUACCCUAAUUGGGUUAGGGUGAGGUGGCUUGGUUUGGUUUUGUUUUCUUGUAUUUCCAUGUGCACUACACAAUGUCUGUCUGGCUCCAGCAUCCUCUCAAAUUUAGUCUGUUAUUUCAGUAUUUUUUUAUAUCUCACAACCCUGGUGCUGGUUUGAAAAACACUUCUAAAGACAGGCAUAAAAUACUAAAAGACAGCACUUUAUAAAUCCCACUGAAGCUUUGUUCAGCUUCAGGCAAUGCUGCUGACUUCAUUGCAUGGGAAACCCAUACAGUCACUUUCCUUGAAGUCAAACUUCCUCUGCCUGAAGUUGAAAAUGUAUUUCUUUGAAUACUAUUUAUUAACUUUGAGUAAGAGUGAAAGAAAGAAAGCUGUUGCUCCUAGCCCUUCUGCAUAAUGGCUCUGGCUUUGUAGUUUUAUCCUGCCAUAGAUUAGUGGUGAAGCUUAUGCAGGCAGGCAGAUGCUAUUGAAAAAUAGCAUUGGAUUUUAUAUGGGAAUGAUUGACUUAGAACGUGCAUUGUUAAGAAAUUAUCUCAAGCACUUUAGCUCUCAUGUUUUCCAAUAUUUGAAUGCUGCUUUGUUUUCCUUUUUGGCAGUUUUGUUGUUGGUAAUGUUUUGUUUUUUGCUCAGUAAUGUUUUACAAACUCUUUAGUGUCCUUGAGGAGGGAUGCUCAAAAGAAAAAUAAAAUACUACCUCUGCCACUAAAUACUGAGCCCCAAUGGGGGCUGUGUUUUUGCAUUCAGAAUAUCUGGAACUUCAAGGUAACAUUAAUCUGGGGGUGAUAGACAGACACCCUGGAGGGGAAUAAAAAGAACUACCUACAGAGAAUUGGGUUUCUAACAGCUGUGAAACACUAAGAAUAACUUAUUCAAGAACUUGUUUUCAUCCCAGAUCCCAUCUGAUAGUCAGUCUCACACAAAAGGACAGGCUGUAUAACCUGUUGUCAAAGCACAGUGCUCUGUAGCUGAAGUCUUUUUAGCUGCUUGCUUUUGUGAUACGAUGAAAAGCUGUGCCUCAGGAGGAGAGCUCUCUUUGGCUUAUCUCCCUCAAUUUAGGAGGGAAUCACAAUCCGAAGCCUAGUUUGAGUCAUUCAUCAUUCAUCACUUCCCUAAAUGGCCAGUAUAUUUCUGCCUGAUGAAAAUCUUCAUUGUGGGUAUGAAGAGCUUGGAGAUUCCACCCAGCACCAGAGGGCAAGCAAUUAAAUUUGCAUUCUUAUCAGUAGCUGUGAGCAGAAUGCAGACAGUGGUUUGCAGAAGUAGAAUUGAUUGCUGGUUAAUUGGAAAAAAAAAAACUGGGGGGGGGGGGGGAAUAGGUAACCUGGGAAUGAGGGAAGCCAGCACCUGGGAAGUGCUGUUAGGACAAUGCUUGUUACGACGUAAGAUGGCAGAAAAGAGGAGAUCCUGUCCUGUGUGCCCCACCAGGCAGUGCUGCAAGAAGGGGAGUUGAAGGAUAUGCAGGGAUUAGUUUUAUUGCAAAGGCUACAGGAAAUUUUGAGAAGGGAUCCCUGCUUCCCAACCCCGGUGUGCCAAUAAUCCCAGCACUGUACUCCAAAAUCCAAAAAGCUUCAACUGAAAUGACACACAGAAAGAGCAGCUUGUCUCUGCUAGUGGCUCCAGGCCAAGCUGAUAACAGGAACUGAUUUUGUGCAUUGCUGCGGGUGCUGAAUUCUGUCUUUUGCAUCCAGAUAACUCAAGGCUGCUUUUCCCUUGAGCUUUACAAGUUAUUUUAUUGUUCUGUUGGCAUGUGACAAGUGGAUCUGCGUGCAUGCCAAAGCUAUGAGGGUUUUCCAUCCAGCAGUACUAAUCUAACGCAGGCAUUUCUGCUGGCCAAACCAGUACAAAUCCUGUGACUACUGAAAAUCCUGCUUCUCAAAAUCAUUCCAGAUUUCUUUUUAUGAUGGGUCUCCCCUACCUCACAAAUCUGCCACCACCUCAGAAUAUGUCUGUGAUGUGAUAACUGGGGUCAGAGGUGCCUGUUGGCCAAACUAAGCCCAGCAGUGAGGAUGUGCUUACCUUGGUGCAACAGUGGCAGUUCCUUUAGUGCUGGAACCUGUUUGCUGCAAGUCUUUGGGCCGCACUGUCUGUGGGCAAUCUGUGCAGCCUGGAAAUAAGGCCACUGUUCCCUCUGAAAGCCUGCAGUGCAGUAUUUUAUGGCUGUGGGUUUGCCCAGAGCUGAUGUUUACAUGGGAACACAAAAAAGACUGUUCAGGCACUUACUGAUGACAGUGAUGCAGAUAAGUUUCUUCUCAAAGGGAACUCAGAUGGGUUUAUCUGAAACCUUAGCUUGUGGAGUGCACCUUGACGACCGUCAUGGCAGAGCUGGAAACAGUGAGUCACCUGACAGCAUACAUGACUGAAAAGGUUGACUCCGUGCUCCAUAGCAGGUUGUUUUCCACACUGUUAAUAAGCUUAAACCAUUCUCUGUAAUAUGUCUAACCACAGAUUUAUUAAUUAUUAGAGAGCCCUAUCCAAGAUAAAGUUCAAGAACGGAUCCUGUAAUACCUACAGCCAGAGACUGAUUUGAUUUAAACAUUGGAGGGCCUUAUCCAAGACAAAGUUCAAUAGUAGUUUCAGCCUAUAGUUUCAGCCAUCCUCCAAAGACACACGUUGACCUUUGUACCUUUGCACAGAUGAAGCGUGUGGCUGAGUGACCCAGUAAACUGAAACGCAGCGUGAUGGAAAAAAACACAGCCAUGUUUAUUUCAGCAACUCAUCUCCCAGUGCACCAAACUCUGCCUCAGUAUGCAGCUGUGUGUGUUUCAGUGGCUGGGCUUUCUAGGUCUUUGGCAGGUCUGGAAAUACCACAAGCAAAUACUCAGAGUGUUUCCAGUUCAGGUUCAGAGCUGCAUCUUAGUCUGCCCUUUCUGCUCUAGCUUUACUGUGAGCCCAAGGAAUGCAGAUGCAGGUAUAAAACCUGUUUCUCUUUUCAUGCCUGUGGAUUCCUGAGUGGAAAAAGCACUGACAGUUAAUUCUUGCUCUUUCCAACAGAACUACUCCUCCUCUUCCAGAAUGCUGAAUAUGCAGGUCUUUUUCAUAUGUGAAGGAAUUUAAAUCAUAAAAUCUAGACAGAAACAUGGACUUCAAAAUAAAAGGAAAUUAAAUUGCAAAUAAGCAACUUACCUAACUAUUGAGCAACCAGUCUAAUAAGGGUUAAUAAACUCCAAAGAUUAGACUUGCAAAUUCAGUCUCUACAUAACCAACCAGUUUUUCCAGGAAAAGGAAAGAAGUUGUUGUGAAGGUGACUUGCAAAAUAUGUCUAAAUAUAAUAAAUAUGCAUACACAUAGGGCUACUGACUGUAAAAGAAUACGAGAUGACAGAACAAAAUCCAGGAUCAGAUUUAAAAAGAAAAAAAAAAAAAAGAAUCUAACAUUUAAAUUAAACUGGGCUGGAUGCCAGCUCUCCCCAUGACUGAAGCCUGACUCCUUAUUAAUCAUGACAUGUCUUCCACUGUAGUGUUCUGAAUGUUUUUUGUUCUACUUCUCCUCUAAUAAGAAAUCACAACUUCUGUACUUUGCCUGCUUUCAUUUUUAAUGUUCAUGAAUACUGUCACCUUUUGAAAGGGUUUUAGCAAAAGUAAAGAGGAUUCAGGGCUUGGAUAAAUCUGAUAAAUCUCAGAUAUACUCCGUUAUUUGACGAUCCCUGUGGCCAAAAAUCCUGCUUUAUCUUCUAUUCUUCACAUUCUGCCCAAGUGAUGAGCUGCCACAAAACCUUUCAAGAAAGCUGCUGAGUUGAAAGCCAGCUUCCAACCUGCCCAAGUAGAAUACAUAUUCCAAAGCAGCUGACCUUUAUUUUGUCUCUCAACUUCAGUUGCUUUUCUGGCCAAACUUGCAGGUGCUGAUCAAAGUACUAACAAGCACCAGAUGUUUAAUACUGACACUCCUCUCCAACAUCUCCAGCACCCAAACUU